UGCCGCCCCCCCCGCCCCCUCCGCCCGCCAUCUUGCUUCGGGCCCACGGGCCGGCUGGGGUCUCCCUCGUGUCUCUGUCUCCCGCUCCGAGGCCACUCGGCCCCCUAAACUUUUACAAACAAACAAACAACAACACAAACAAACAGCUCACGACGACGAAGACGACGACGAGGAGCAGCAGCAGCAGCAGCAAUGCCGUCCGUGACGCUGCCUCCCAAAGAGAACGCUCUGUUCAAGAAGAUUUUGAAAUGCUACGAGCAGAAGCAGUACAAGAAUGGUCUCAAGUUCUGCAAACAGAUCCUUACCAACCCCAAGUUCUCCGAGCACGGGGAGACGCUGGCCAUGAAGGGACUGACGCUGAACUGCGUGGGCAAGAAGGAGGAGGCGUAUGAGUACGUGCGUCGCGGCCUGCGCAACGACCUCAAGAGCCACGUCUGCUGGCACGUGUACGGGCUGCUGCAGCGCUCGGACAAGAAAUAUGACGAGGCCAUCAAGUGCUACCGCAACGCGCUCAAGUGGGACCGCGACAACCUGCAGAUCCUCCGUGACCUCUCGCUGCUGCAGAUUCAGAUGAGGGAUCUGGAGGGAUACCGGGAGACGCGCUAUCAGCUGCUGCAGCUGCGGCCCGGCCAGAGGGCCUCGUGGAUUGGCUACGCCAUUGCCUACCACCACCUACGGGACCACGAUAUGGCGCUGCAAAUCUUGGACGAGUUCCGCAAGACGCAGCAGGUGACGCCUAACAAGGUGGACUACGAGCUGUCGGAGCUGCUGCUCUACCAGGUGGAGGUGCUGAGGGAGGCGAGCAAGUGGAGAGAGGCACUCACCCACCUGGACUCGCACGAGAAGCACAUCUGUGACAAGCUCUCCGUGCAGGAGUUCAGGGGUGAGCUGUGCCUCAAGCUGUGUCUGUUCGAGGAGGCGUCCCAGGUGUACCGCUCCCUGCUCGACCGUAACCCCGAGAACACCGCCUACUACACGGGCCUCGAGGCUGCCCUCAAACCAGGAUCUGUGGGCGAUCGCCUGAGAAUCUACGAAGAGAUGGAGGAGAGGUACCCACGGGCACUUGCUCCCACCCACCUACCGCUCACCUUCCUCACCGGUGAGGUGUUCCGCUCUAACAGUGAUCUGUACGUGUGUGUGUGUACAGGUGAGGUGUUCCACACUAACAGUAACCUGUACCUGUGUGUGUGUGUACAGGUGAGGUGUUCCACACUAACAGUAACCUGUACCUGUGUGUGUGUGUGUGUGUACAGGUGAGGUGUUCCACACUAA